AUGUCCAUACAGUCGGCAGCUUUUCAAGCGAGGGCGUCGACCCGUACUGGCCUACAGACUCAUGCCUGUCCCUACGGGUGCUCAUCCGCUGGGUUCGGUAAGAUCUCCCGCAUCCAUAAGUACCAACGAUUUACUUUCGCGAACAAAGCUGCUGCUCCUCAUGUAUAG